AUGGCUGAGGGUAGUAAGAAGAGGACGGAAGGCAGUAUUGAUGGGAGUGAAGAUGAAGUUCGGCUAAAGAGAGCAAGGAAAGAGGAUGUCAACGAAGAUGGUGGAGCAAAGCCAACUCAACAACCACAUUCAUUCUUGGAUGCUUUGCCAAGUGCAACGCGAUACUAUCGAUCUUUGAUGCAUCGUGAUGUGCUUACAUUUGUGCUUCUUACGCCGCAUACAGACUUUUUACUUACAGCAUCAGCCGAUGGACAUGUGAAAUUCUGGAAAAAGCAAGAGCAAGGAAUCGAAUUUGUCAAGAAUUAUAGAGCUCAUCUUGCUCCUGUCACAGGUCUUUGCUGUAGCGCAGAUGGUUCUUUAGCAGCUAGUAUUAGCAGUGAUGGAACAGCAAAGAUAUACGAUGUUGUCAAUUUCGAUUUGAUCAAUAUGAUCAAGCUCAAUCAUACUCCGAGAGCAUGUUGUUGGGUGCAUAAGAGAGGCAGGGCCGAUUCAAUCUUGGCCAUCUCAGAGGAAGGCUCAACGCGGAUACGGAUGUAUGAUGGUCGUGGAGAUGGGCAGGUAUUGCGGACAAUUGAGGAUAUCCAUCGAGCACCUUGUCAUAUCCUCGCAUACAAUGAGCCAUAUGAUUGCAUUGUCUCUGCUGAUACGAGUGGAAUGGUGGAAUGUUGGUCAGCAAAUGAGCCAUUUGAAGUGCCAAAGGGGAAAGGAAUAUGGGAUUACAAAAGCAAAACCGAUCUCUUUGCGUUCAAGAAAGCGAAAUGUACACCAACAAGCUUAACGUUCUCGCCAGAUUUUGAGAAAUUUGUGACAAUGUCCGCAAUUGACAGACAGAUACGGAUCUUUGACUUUCGAACAGGAAAGCUUAUCAAGCAAUAUGAUGAAUCGAUACAAGCUGCACAGGAAUCGCAGAAGCAGGCAGAGCAGGCUAUCAAAGAAACGGAAGAGCAAAAGAGUGAUGAGGCUGAGAUUGUCUUGCUUGAUUCAAUGGAAUUUGGCCGUCGAUUAGCGGGCGAGCGUGAUAUAGAUGCCAGUUCUGCGGACGCUUCAGGAGACGGAGUGAGAGCAAGUAUGGGAGGCUGCGCUGCGAAUGUGGUGUUUGAUGAAAGUUCAACGUACAUCGUAUAUGGAAGCAUGUUAGGAAUCAAGGUUCGGAAUAUAAUAAAUGACAAGGUGGAAGCUAUUUUAGGGAAAGACGAGACUAUGCGAUUUGUCAAUGUGAGUCUGUUUCAAGGUGUAGUGAGAAAGAAGACAAAGAGAAGUUUGGCUUUGGUAGCCUCGGAAAACCCAAUCAUAGCCAACGCUCAGCCAGAUAUGCCCGAUCCUACAUUAUUCUGUACGGCAUUUAAACGGUCAAGAUUUUACAUGUUCACCCGUGAAGAGCCAGAUAAUGAUCCUAAAUCGAAAUCAGGUGCAGAACGUGAUAUAUUCAACGAGAAACCUACAAGAGAAGAACAAAGUUUGGCUGCAGCCGCUGCACAAACAGGAAUUUCGAAACGGUCAAACGUUGCUUCCAGUGCAGUUUUGCAUACAACAAUGGGCGACAUUCAUUUACGGCUGUUUCCCGAACAUGCUCCCAAAACUGUUGAGAAUUUUGUCGGAUUGGCCAAGAAAGGGUAUUAUGAUAACAUCAUCUUUCACCGGAUCAUCAAAAAGUUUAUGUUACAAACCGGAGAUCCUUUAGGGGAUGGAACGGGAGGUGAAUCUUUAUGGGGAAACGAAUUUCAAGAUGAAUUCAGUCGACAAUUACGUCAUGAUCGACCAUACGUUUUGAGUAUGGCAAACGCAGGUCCAAACACAAACGGAAGUCAAUUUUUCAUCACAACCGUUCCAACGCCUUGGUUAGAUGAUAAACAUACAAUCUUUGGUAGAGCAUCAGGAGGAUUUGAUGUGAUUCAUUCGAUCGAAAAUGCGCCUACAAAUCGUAAUACUGAUAAACCUUUGGAGGAUAUUUCUAUUCUCAAUAUUACUUUGGAUGUAGAAUAG